CGAAUUCCUACCGUGCCGGUGGCAGAUCGGAGCAUGUUCAGUUCGUCAGUUCGGAACCACCGCAGACGGUUCAGCCAACCACCGUGCGGACGAAAGCACCAUGGCGGACGAAGCCUUGACGGUGCCCCAGGAAGACCCGCCUUUGCCGUCCGGCGCUGACCAGCCACGCGAACAGUGCGAAGGGCAAGAGAGCCUUCGGACAUGGCCGUGUUUCUCCGACAUUUUCGAUGAGAUGCAGCUGCUUCUUCAGAAGCUCCGAGACGCGCACGAGGUGGAGACGAUGGCCGCUCCGACUCCCCCCGAUCGGGGCAUGGUACCACAGAGCUCCGAGCCAGUCUCGCGCCCGCCCGAGCCGGCCUCGCCGAAGGCACGAGCGACGAGUAGCCGAGCCAGCCUCUUGCUUGUGGAUCGUGAGGGCGAGACGCCUUCAGAGCAGGUUCGACCAAUAUCCACGAAGGUUUCGAGCAAGCUAAUGAAGGAAGCGAAACAAACGGUGGUGGAAAUGGAGUGGCAAAUCGACGCGAACUCCAUGGAUUCCUGUUCCUUGCAGCUGCGCGAGGAGUGGGAUCUCUCGGAAGAGAAGCUCUUCGACCUGAAGCGGAUUCAGAGGAGAAUGUCUGCUUCUAGCCUUGCCAGCUUGCAAAAACCCAACAUCAGAAGGCAAUACUUGGUGAGAGUGAAGGAGCCUGGGCCAUGGUUCAUUAUGAGUCCAUCUUCCAAGCAACGGUUUGUAUGGGAUUGCAUUGCGUUGCUCGCAGUCUUUUAUGAGCUUUGCGUUACGCCGUUGCAUCUCUAUCGCCUGGAGAACGACAUCCGCUACUAUGCAGAUGUGGGGCAUUGGGCGAUGACGAUCUUUUGGUUGCUAGACAUUCCGGCAACUUUCCUGACGGCCGUCUACAUCAACGACCAUUUGCGUUUUCACGUGAAGGACAUUGCCAAGGCUUACGCCAAGUCCUGGCUUUGUUUUGAUUUGGUGAUGUUGCUGCCUGACUUGAUCAUCCUGAUCUUUCCCCACCUCGAUGAGGGGCCUACCCACGUUCUGCGUGCCAGCCGUGCGCGGCGCAUGUUUCGCUUGCUGCGCUUCCUACGGCUCCUUCGGUUCUCGAAGAUUGUGGAGAAGCUUCAGUCCCUCCAUGGCGGGACAGGUUCCAUUCGACAGCACAGCUUGCUUUGGCCAUUGGUUGAAGCCGCCUUAAUGGUCUUAGUGGCCGCCCAUCUUUUGGGGAGUUUUUGGUUCGCACUGGGUGAUACGGAAGGAGGCUGGGUGCUUGCAGAAGGUCUCCAAGACCAGCCGCUGGGUCGGCAGUACACUCGGAGCCUGGAAUGGGCCUUAUCCAAGCUGCCGCCCUCCUCUUUGAGGACCAUCGUAGAGUUGGAAACUGCGGCUGAGAGAUGGUUGGGCAUCUUUGCCACUGCAGCGACCCUGAUGUCAAGCUCUCUCUUCGUGAGCUUCAUCACCAACAGGAUGGCUGAGAUCAAUCGACAGAGGGUGCAGAUGAGGGAUAUCCUCCAGUCAGUUCGCAGGUAUUGUGGAACUCAUGGCAUCUCUUAUGCCUACACUAUGCAGAUCAAGCGUUAUGUGCAACGAGAGCACACCCGGAACGAGCUCCAAAGCCACAUGCCGCUCUUGCAGAAUUUGCCCGAGGGGAUGGUUCGAGAACUUUUUCAAGAAGGACGUAGCCCGAUUCUUCACCAUCAUGCGUUGUUCAAGGAUAUCGGCCUUCAAGACCUUUCGAUGGAGUUGAACCUUUGCAGUCAAGCUGUAUCCGAGCUCUAUUUGCUGGCCGGUGACACGAUCUUUAACACCGCCAACAAGAUUCAAGGGAUGUAUUUGUUGGGAGCAGGUUUGGGCAUUUAUUUCUACCCACGUCCUUUCCAAAGCCCACCCAAAGUGCCUGAAGCAGCAAGGCCCAGAACGGUAAGUGCCCAAAGCAUUGCUGAUUUGUUUGGUUUUGGCCUUGCACCAGCUUUGCCAUCGAGAAGCUCUUCCCGCAGACCUGACAUGGCUCAGACCAUGCUCGAAGCUGGAGAGUACAUUGCCGAGCCAGCCCUGUGGGUGUCAGGAUGGAGAUAUCAAGGUCACCUCCAGGCCGUGCUGGAAAGCAAAGCUUUGCUGGUCUCCACGGAGCAGUUCUAUUUCGUUCUCGGUUCUGAGGCUGAGGAGGGCCAUGCAGUUGGAUGUUGUCCGCGAUUAUGCCAAUGUGACGGCGAACACGGUGGUCUAUGCCCGCUGCUUCGUCAAGGAGCUCAACAAUAGUGCAACCUUGUGCAGGGAAGUCACGGAUCUUCCAUUGGUGUCAAUGGCCUCUCAACCUCCUGCGCGUAUGAACCAAGUGGCACCUACAUGAGAGCAAAGACGUCGGCGGUGGUUUGAGUGGAUAUAUGUGAAUUUUGGCGAUGUUGGUAUGGGUCAGAGGCUUUAG